CGUUACGUCAGCCAUCUUGUACGCGCUACCUACGCUCUGCAGACGUGGUGGAUGGUGUUAGAUCCUUAUUGUUAAGGCAUUUAUCAGUGUUGUCACGCCAUAAUUCGUAACUAACUGGUGUUUACGCACAGUGUGCAUUUGAUGUUUAAUGGAUAAGAAGCGCUCUCACUCUGAAAUGUUGACUGACGUAUGCGAAAAGCCUUCAAGGCCAAAUGGAGAUGUUGUAAACAGUGGUCACGGCCAACCUGACCAAGAGAAAAGAGUUCGUAGAGAAAUAGCCAAUAGCAAUGAACGGAGACGGAUGCAAAGUAUCAAUGCUGGAUUUGAUUCCUUACGCAUUCUGUUACCCUCCAUAGCAGAUGGUGAGAAAAUGAGCAAGGCUACCAUAUUGCAAUUGACUGCCAAAUAUAUUAACACGCUGCUUAUGCGUGUUAGCCUGUUGGAAAGUGAAGUUGCAGUUUACAGGCAGUCAGCUGGCCUACAACCCAACCCAAUAUCCGUAGACAUGUCAAAUUCGAUCCUGACGACAAGGAAAAGAAAGUCAGAUGACAUAAAAAAACGUCCUGAUUGUCUGCGCAAUCGCCGUCAACGUGUUGAAGCUGAAGGCACUUACGAUUCAUCACGUCAAAAUCAUCAUUUCUCCCCCGAAAGCACAGACACUCACCAGUCAUCUCCACUCAAUUCUUUCAAUAGCAGUGCAUCCAUCUGUUCUGCAUCUCCUCAGCCAGAAAGUACCGGUAGUACCGCGGCAAGACUAGAACAUCUCGUGAUGGCCAUCGAACAAAUUGAGGGCGGUGGUGCACUUAAUAACUCUCCACAGCCUGAAAGUCAUGAUGGUAGCUUUUCUACAGGUGAUCGCUCACCACCGGAAACUUACUGGCACAGUCCACAAGAGAACUACCACGGUUAUGCUUACGUUGAUGCGCAAACAACAAGUCAAAAACCUGGCAAUCUCUUCACUGACUCCCUUUUGCUAACCCCAGUUUCGGAGAUCAAUCCGUCAAUAAACUCUGGUGAAAGCAUUCAAGUCCAUAACACAGAAGAUUAUCCGAUCGUUGCCAAGCUCCUGAAUCGUCCUAUUCCUCACAAGUACCUCCACAGACCCCAGGUUGUCGUUAACAGUUCUCACUAAUUUCAUAUACUUGUUAGUUUCGCAUUUCCAGCCUCUAAUUUUAAUCGCGGUGAUCUAUACGGACUCUGCUUGCAGAAUUUUGCUAGUGUGGUGUACAUAUUUUUGAGGUUUAUUAUGUUAUUUCCCCGGAACUUAUCUAUAUGUUUUGUGAUCUUUUUUAUCCUUAGUUAUUCGUUUGUUUAUGGGAAGGGUCUAUAAAUUUUGCGCCAUACGAUGGUUUUUCUGUUUAGCAGUUUUUGUAUUUUGUAAAAUAACUGAUAGUUUGUUUUCUGUUGUUUGAAAAUUGAUCAUAUACUUGCUCGAACAUUUCACAUAUGAUGUUGUAAAUGUUCUCAUACUCACGUUUGGCGAGUCUUAUUAAAUUGUUCUAGAGUGAGACUUCCUUUUUUCUCCAUUUGCAUAUUUUUAUGAUGCCGUUUGGUAUGUUAAGGCUC